AUGGAUAGCAAAAAAGAGGCUGGCAAUGGCAGCGUUAAUUAUUCCGGCCAAACACCACCACCGGAGCCCGGCAGCGGCGGCCACCAGCCGAUCGGCUCCGAUCAUCAUCACAGCCGUUACUUUUUCAAUCGUCUCCUUAAAGUUGUGUUGCUUUUCACCAUGAUCACUUUAGCAUACCUCGUCGUUUUUCAGACACCGGCAAGCCCUUUCCAGUUCUUCUCAUCUUUUAGUACCCCAGCUAAUGAAAAAGAGGUAGGUUUGGGGCAAGUACUAGAAAGGGCAGCCAUGGCAGACAAGACAGUGAUCAUAACAACCUUAAACGAAGCAUGGAUCGAGCCAGGCUCGAUCUUUGAUCUCUUUCUGGAGAGCUUCAGAAUUGGGAAUCACACACUUUGGCUCCUCAAGCAUUUGGUUGUUGUAGCUUUAGAUCACAAGGCAUUUCAUCACUGCUUGAGGACACAAAACGAUCUCCAUUGCUAUUUUCUCACAACAAAAGGCGUAAACUUCUCGAACGAGGCUCAUUUCAUGACCCCAGACUACUUGAAGAUGAUGUGGAGAAGGAUAGAUUUCCUCACAACUGUUCUCCAGAUGGGAUACAAUUUCGUUUUCACGGAUGCAGACAUAAUGUGGCUCAGAAAUCCAUUCCCACAUUUCUACACAGACACAAACUUCCAAAUCUCGUGCGACAGUUUUGGAGGGAAGUCAACCGACCUGCAAAAUGCACCAAACGGAGGUUUCAACUACGUGAAAUCAGGCAUUCAAACUAUAAAGUUCUACGAGUUCUGGUACGAGUCGAGAAAAAAGCAUCCGGGCAAACACGACCAGGACGUGCUCAACGAGAUAAAGUUCGACCCGUAUGUUAAGGCCAUUGGACUACAGAUCAAGUUCCUUGACACGGUUUACUUCGGGGGAUUUUGCCAGCCGAGCAAGGAUUUGAACCUCGUGUGCACGAUGCACGCCAAUUGCUGUGCUGGCUUGGAUAAUAAGAUUCACGAUCUCAGGAUUUUGCUCGACGACUGGAAAAAAUAUACAUCUUUGCAGGAAGAUGUAAGGAAAGGAAAGUCGCCUUCAUGGUCUGUACCACAAUCUUGCGGACCACGUUCAUUUCAUCAUCAUAACCCCAGGAAGAGGAAUGGAAACAGAAGGAAAUAA